GCAGCCUGGCCGACUCGUGAUCUCAGAGACGGAGGAACUCUUCAGGAUUUCACGGAGGCCGGAUGGUUAAAUCCAACCUACAGACGAUAUUAAACAGCCACUGCUUUGUACGCGAGAAAGAGAGAAAUAUAUCCAAAAUGCCAGUUAUUAAUCUGACGAGUAAGAUUACUCCCGAAAGUGAAAGUCCACGUCGGUGCUCCAGGUGCUGCAGUAACCCGUGUCCGGGGCCUCGGUGGUGCUCCGAUGCCCCUCUCCCACCCCUGAAGAUCCCAGGUGGGCGAGGGAAAGACCAGCGGGAUCACAAUCUUUCAGCCGAACUUUUCCACUUGGACACCCGGUUGCUGGUUCGAGAAGAUCGGGGCGCCUCUACGGCCCGCGUGCGCUUCUUGCACUUUGAGCCCCGCAGGACUGAGGGCAAGCACUGCACUUGGAGGGGCGCAUUGAAGGGAGCGAACCUUUAUGUGGAAAUACCGCCUGGGCCCCUGGCUGAGGGCAGCAAGGACAGCCUUGCUCUCCUGUUGGAGUUUGCAGAGGAGCAGAUGGCGGUAGACCACGUCCUCAUCUGCUUCCACAAGAGCCGAGACGACCGAGCACCGUUGCUGCGUACGUUCAGUUUCCUGGGCUUUGAGAUUGUGAGACCGGGUCACCCCCUCGUCCCCCCGCGACCCGACGCUCUCUUCAUGGCGUACGCCUUCGAGAGAGACUCCUCCCUCGAGUAGCACGUGAAGAACCAGCCUCUUCAAGCUCUUGUUUCUUCAGCCCAGCUUUGUGAAAGUUCUGGUGCUUUUGUUCUGUUCCCCCCCCCCCCCGAGCCUUCAUAUUCCUUUUCUAGAAAAUAUUGUUGUAACUUUUUUCUUUUGGGUUGGCUGACCACAGCUUUACAUGUGCGAUGGGAACUCCAUGCCUUAAUGCUGGAGUUGUAUGUUUAAAAGCGGAGUUGGCUCUCCGGCCGCGUCUGGGGUCCCUGAUCCCCAGAAGUCACUAUUCAGUGAAGGAACUGGGUCAGCCAGCAGCUCCAGUGGGCCAGUAAUGAGGUUUUGUCACCAAAUUGUUGGGUGAUUUGUUGCUGUACCUGAGGUAGUAAAUCUAAAUUGAUUCAGCUAAUAUCCAGCCUUAUAAAUGGCUGUCAGAGUAAAAUUGUAAGCUAUGUGUGGUGCUUUAAGUGAAAGUCCAUACACAUUAUUUACAUUAUAAAUUAUAUAGAUGAAAAUACUUGUGCAGAGUUAACCCAUCCUUCUUAUGCUGUUUUAUUUUGCUUCUUCUGUUGGUGUGUUUGGUUAUUCCCAAAGAUGAAAUGCAAUGUUCUGUUUUUCAUUCCCCCCCUUCCCCCCAUUUGACAGGCAUGCAUGUUUUAAGUGUGCAAAAUAAAAGUGCUCACCCUAA